AAAGUUCUAUUGAAACUGCUGGCAGCUAUUCUGGACCAAAGACUGCAGACCUUGGCCUACGCCGCAACCGAAGCCAACCUUAGCUUUUCAAUCUCUGCCUCGAGGGGUUGCUUGACUGUCCACGUCAGUGGAUUCAACGAGAAGUUACUGUUGUUGUACCAGGAGAUCCUGGCCCUCAUAGUCGCCCCAGUAACCGGCUCUGAGUCCGGGCUGGACUUUAAUGACAAAAAGUUUGCCACUUACAAGGAUCGCCGUCGCCAAAAGACCUGCAACAAGGUUCUCAACCCCGCUGAUUAUAACAGCCACAUACGCGAGUACUUUUCGGACGAGAAGGAGUCCCUGGUUGAGGACUUUAUGAAGGCUCUUCAGACCCUCCAGCUGGAGGACUUCAAGGCCUUCGUUCCUGCAUUCCUCUCCAAACUCUACAUAAAGACAUACGCCUACGGAAAUCUCUCAAAGAAGGUAGGCUCCUAG